AUGUCAUUAACAGAAACAAACCUCGAUAACACUUUACCUCUUUUAGGAAGGGGAAAAGUACGUGAUAUAUACCAGAUUGACCCGUCAACGUUAUUAUUUGUCGCCACCGAUCGUAUAUCUGCGUAUGAUGUCAUCAUGGAAAAUGGUAUUACCGAAAAGGGGAAACUCUUGACCAAACUUUCCGAAUUUUGGUUUGAUUACUUGCCAAUUGAGAACCAUUUGAUCAAAAAGGAUAUCUUUGAGCAAUAUCCACAGUUGGAAAAGUAUAGAGAUCAAUUACAAGACCGGGCUUUAUUAGUGCGUAAGUUGAAGCUCAUUCCAUUGGAAGUUAUUGUUAGAGGCUACAUCACUGGCUCCGCUUGGAAAGAGUACAAGCAACUGAAAACCGUCCAUGGGUUGCCUAUAGAGGAGGAACUAGUUGAGUCGCAAGAGUUUAAAACGCCAAUUUUCACCCCUUCGACUAAAGCUGAGCAAGGUGAACAUGACGAAAACAUUUCGCCAGCUCAAGCCGCUGAAAUUGUCGGACAAGAUUUGUGUGACAGAUUAGAAAAGACAGCCAUUGAUUUGUAUGUCAAGGCUAAAGAGUACGCAAAGACUAAAGGUAUAAUCAUUGCUGACACAAAGUUUGAAUUUGGGUUAGACGAAAAUGAUAAUAUUGUCUUAGUCGAUGAGGUAUUAACUCCUGACUCCUCCAGAUUCUGGAACGCCAGUACUUAUGAAGUCGGCAAGUCACAAGAUUCUUAUGAUAAGCAAUUUUUGAGAGAUUGGUUAACCAGUAAUGGAUUGAACGGUAAAGAUGGGGUUAGAAUGCCUGAUGAGAUUGUUGAGAAGAGUAGAGAAAAAUACCUUGAAGCGUAUGAGCAGCUUACCGGUGAUAAAUGGAAAUAG